AUGGCCCAGGUUUCAUUUUACGAUAUCAACAUGGGCUAUUACAUCAAACCCCUCAAGCUCAUUAGUCCAGAUUCGGCUGAGCCCAAGCCCGAUAGUACCUACCAGCCCAUGGAAGCCAGGCCCAACGAGGCGUGCGAUGACACUUUUCGGCCUGUCCUUGCUGGGGAGUUUACGAUGGCGCCAGCGCUGCCCGAGACGAUGUUUGAAGGUUUGCGGCUCUGCGGAGAUUGCCAGGGAGGAAAAAAGGAAGUCGGAUCUCACACUUUAGGAAAUUCGGCCCUUGGGUAG